AUGACCGAUACUCCCAGCAACCCCGCUCCCACCAGGGACUCAACUCUCACGUUUCGCGAAGUCACCGAGGACAAUUGGCGUGCAGUAGCGAAUUUAAGCCUCAAGCCCGGCCAGACAGGCAACCUCGCACCAAACGUAUGGUCUCUCUGUGAAGCUCAUUACUCUGAAGACGCAUGGGUACGAGGCAUCUAUGCCGACGAAACACUUGUCGGUAUGCUUAUGAUGGCGAUAUGGGAUCCUGAUGAGGCUUAUUAUAUCUGGCGGUUCAUGAUUGAUGGCCGGUAUCAGGGUCUUGGGUACGGUCAGCGGGGUGUGGAAUUCGCCAUCGCACACAUACGGCAACAUAAUCCUCGUGCUAAGACGUUGGGGGUGAUGUCAACUCCACCAGAGGGGAAAACGAGCGACAAUCCACUCAAGAAUGUGAAACCCGAGGAUUCGCCGUAUAAGUUUUAUCAAAAACUUGGAUUUAAGGAGACUGCACCACCGGAUGAAGAUGGAGAAAUUAUGAUGUCGAUAGAUUUAUAA